AAAAAAAAAAAAUGACAAUGACAUGCAAGAAAGCACACUGGAAAUACAGGAUCUGCGGAAGUGUGAAGUGCUGCUUUGCGAUUGUUUUUCUGUAUCAAAGCCAUCUUCCCUCCCACUCAGAGGAUGCUAUUGGUUAAAUUGCCAAGGCCUGCGUCUGGCCCCAGGCUCAAGGUUGGUUACUGGUCUCAGAGUCCUGGUUGUCUAAUUUGGCCUCUUAAUUUAGCUCGAUUAUCUAAUUUAGCCAUUUAGUCUCUCCAUUUCUCAGGUUCCUUACAUGCCAGACAGUGAUAAAUUAUAAUAUUUCACAGAUCUUCUGUGAAGAUUAGAGGGAAUAAUUCAUGUAUGUAAAGUGUUCAGGAUAAUGAUUAGUGAGAAAUACUCUCAUACAGAGUAAUAAUAGUAACGGCUUCCAUUUAUCAAGCACAUUAGUACUUGCCACUUAUGGGGGUGAGUGCUUUCUGUGAACUAACUCAUUUAAUCAUCACAACAACCUUGAAAGUUGGGUGCCAUUAUUAUAUCAUCCCCAUUUUAGGAAACUCAUUUGAGAAAACUGAGGUGUGCAAAGGGCAAAUUCCUCAAAGCCACAUACCUAAAAAGUAGUAGGGAAGGCUGGGCACAGUGGUUCACGCCUAUAAUCCCAGCACUUUGGGAAGCCGAGGUGGGCGGAUCACCUGAGGUCAGAAAUUCGAGACCAGCCUGGAGAACAUGGUGAAACCCUGUCUCUACAAAAUAUACAAAAAAAAUUAGCCAGGCAUGGUGACGCAUGCCUGUAACCCCAGCUACUCGAGAGGCUGAGGCAUGAGAAUCGCUUGAACUCAGAAGGCAGAGGUUGUAGUGAGCUGAGAUUGCACCACUGAACUCCAACCUGGGCAAUAGAGCGAGACUCCAUCUCAAUCAAUCAAUCAAUCAAUCAAUAAAAAGUAGUAGGGAAAAAAAACACUGAGCUGCUUGGUUCCAGAGGCCCAGUAUGAAAGAGGAUAAAAAUACUACCUCAUUCGAUUUUUGUGAGGGCUUCAGGAAAUUUUGUGUAUAGUGUGCCUGGCAUAUACUAACUAUCCAAUAACCAUUAUAUUUCUUUCCUUCUUCCCUCCCUUGCUUCCACCAGGGAAGCUGUUUGGGGAACUUGAGCUAUUUAGAAGAUGGCAACCAAGCCAACAGAGCCCGUCACGAUCCUCAGCCUUCGGAAAUUGAGCCUGGGGACCGCAGAGCCACAGGUUAAAGAGGCAAAGACGUUCACCGUGGAAGAUGCAGUGGAGACCAUCGGCUUCGGGCGUUUCCACAUUGCCCUCUUUCUGAUCAUGGGCAGUACUGGGGUGGUUGAGGCCAUGGAGAUCAUGUUGAUAGCUGUUGUGUCUCCUGUCAUCCGCUGUGAAUGGCAACUGGAGAAUUGGCAGGUGGCAUUAGUAACCACGAUGGUGUUUUUUGGCUACAUGGUUUUCAGUAUCCUCUUUGGCCUCCUGGCUGACAGAUAUGGCCGCUGGAAGAUUCUGCUCAUCUCGUUCCUGUGGGGAGCCUAUUUCUCCUUGCUGACCUCGUUUGCUCCUUCGUACAUCUGGUUUGUCUUCCUGCGGACGAUGGUGGGCUGUGGUGUGUCCGGCCACUCGCAAGGGUUAAUCAUAAAGACUGAAUUUUUGCCCACGAAAUACCGAGGCUAUAUGUUACCCUUGUCUCAGGUGUUCUGGCUUGCGGGCUCCCUGCUCAUCAUUGGCUUGGCCUCUGUGAUCAUCCCCACCAUCGGGUGGCGCUGGCUCAUUCGCGUCGCCUCCAUCCCGGGCAUCAUCCUCAUCGUGGCCUUCAAGUUUAUUCCUGAAUCUGCCCGGUUCAAUGUCUCCACUGGGAACACUCGGGCUGCCCUGGCCACUCUGGAGCGCAUUGCCAAGAUGAACCGCUCGGUCAUGCCGGAGGGGAAGCUGGUGGAGCCCGUCCUGGAAAAAAGAGGAAGAUUUGCAGACCUAUUGGAUGCUAAAUAUUUACGGACCACAUUACAGAUCUGGGUCGUAUGGCUUGGAAUCUCUUUUGCCUACUAUGGGGUUAUCCUGGCCAGUGCUGAGCUGCUGGAGCGGGACUUGGUCUGUGGUUCAAAGUCAGACUCUGAGGUGGUGGUGACUGGGGGGGACUCAGGGGAGAGCCAGAGCCCCUGCUACUGCCACAUGUUUGCACCCUCUGACUAUCGGACCAUGAUCAUCAGCACCAUCGGUGAAAUUGCUCUGAAUCCUUUAAAUAUACUGGGCAUCAAUUUCCUGGGAAGACGGCUGAGCCUUUCUAUUACCAUGGGAUGCACGGCUUUAUUCUUCCUUCUCCUCAACAUUUGCACUUCAAGUGCCGGCCUGAUUGGCUUCCUCUUCAUGCUGAGGGCUCUGGUAGCUGCAAACUUCAACACCGUCUACAUUUACACAGCUGAGGUCUACCCCACCACGAUGCGCGCUUUGGGGAUGGGAACCAGCGGCUCCCUGUGUCGCAUUGGUGCAAUGGUGGCACCAUUUAUAUCCCAGGUUCUUAUGAGUGCAUCAAUACUGGGGGCCCUGUGUCUCUUCUCAUCUGUCUGUGUUGUAUGCGCCAUUUCUGCAUUUACUCUCCCCAUCGAAACCAAAGGACGGGCCCUCCGGGUGAGUGAUGCAGGGAACUCUGAAGUCUUUUCAACUACCACUUUUGCCCAGAGCAAAUGAACUUGGUAUAUGGGCAUCAUUGUAGUUAAAAUAACUAAUAAUUCAUAUCAGAUUUCUUUCUGUAAAGUUGUGGUUUGAAUAACAAGGACUUUGUUUUUCUAGUGACAGUUGUAGAGGCCUGAGGAUUCUAUCCUUCCCACUUUUCUUUCUUUUUUUUUUUUUUAAGACAGAGUCUGACUCUGUUGCCCAGGCUGGAGUGCAGUGGUGUGAUCUUGGCUCACUGCAACCUCCACCUCCUGGGUUUAAGUGCUUCUCCUGCCUCAGCCUCCCAAGUAGCCGGGACUACAUGCACGUGCCACCAUGCCUGGCUAAUUUUUUGUAUUUUUGGUAGAGACGAGGUUUCACCAUGUUGGCCAGGCUGGUCUCAAACUCCUGACCUCAA